AUUUAAUGCAAUUGUUACAAAUGAUUAAUAGUCAGACUUGUAAUUAAGGUGUAAAUCUGUUUAAACAUUUCGUCAAUGUGAAUCAAGCUUUACAAACAAUUAACCCUAACAAUCAAGUCUGGUUGUGUAUUUGGAUAAUUAAUUGUGACCAUCAAUUUAAAGGAAAUCAUCAUUAACAAGGUGUGAUCAAGGAGUCUACAAUAUGGAUGGAUCAACAAACGAGGAUAAUGUUAAUCUUAAUCAUAAUGGAUUAACCGAUUUAAGGCCUAAUGAGGAUAAUUGUUGUUCCAUGAUAACUGAUGCUAAUCAAUUGUUCAAAUUUCUUAAAUUUCCUGUAAUUGAAUCAAAUUUGAUUAUUCCAACUCAACCAUUCCUUGAUUCAUGUCGCAGUCUCAUUGAAUUUGUGGCUAUACUUGGACCAGUUUUUAUUCCGGUUCGAUCUGAUAUCGGCGGAAAUGUCGACAAAUUGACCAAAAUAGUGACCACCAAUCCAAGUAAAUUCACAACAAUUAACUCGAUCAUCGAAUCGGAAAUCUCAUUGCCUAAUGAUAAACAAAUAGGAACCGAUGCUCUCUUAUGGUUAACCCGAGCUCUUCAAUACAUGAAUACAUUUCUUCAACUAUUGGUUGAUGAUUAUAAUCAAGGAAUCAAUUCAAAUGAUUUAACCAAACAAUUUACCCAAGCAUAUGAUUCAACUUUACGAAAACAUCACAAUUGGAUUGUUCAAAAUUUGGUUCAUUUAAGUCUGAAAGCAGCUCCAACUCGAUCGAUGAUAAUUAAUCUCAUCUCACCUGAAAUUUGUUCAUCUCAUGAUUUACUAAUUAAAACUGAGAAGGAAAAAAAUCUCUACCAAGAGAUUAGUGAUUACCGUAAUUCAGUUGAGAUUAACAUCAACGCUGUUCACCAAUUGUACGAUAAUUUAAAUCUUCAAUAUUAAUCCAAAUCAAUGAUAUCGGACAAUCGGAUCGGUUAAUCAUUUCCCUCAAUUGUUCACAAUCAAAAUUACUUAAAGUCUACUAUUGGUGUAGAUUAAUUUUCAUUCAUCAAACAUUGUAAACAAUUUGCCUUUAAUCUUAAUUGUUGUUUUAAUUUUAAUUGUCAAUCGAAUUUUUUGUUUUUCUAAUUGAUUCAUAAUUAAGUUCGAUUUUUGUUUGUUAAUCGAAUCGAAAGUUUCCUUUAUAAAAAGAAUUGAAUAAAUAUCAAUUAUUGGAAUUAUUGGAAACAACGAUAUAA